GCUAGGCAAGACGGGUUUACUCAGAGGAGCAAGCACACCGCCGCGGGAGAGGAAUGGAGCGCCUGGCCUCCUUCGGUAAUGACCCUUUCGAUAAGCCUCCAUGCCGAGGUUGCUCUUCGUACCUCACAGAGCCCUACGUUAAGUGUGCUGAGUGUGGGCCUCCUCCCUUCCUCCUGUGUUUGCAGUGUUUCACACGAGGAUUUGAAUACAAGAAACAUCAAAGCGAUCAUACUUACGAGAUAAUGACUUCCGAUUUCCCUGUCUUGGAUCCUAACUGGACAGCGCAAGAGGAGAUGGCGCUCCUGGAAGCUGUGAUGGACUGUGGAUUUGGAAACUGGCAGGACGUGGCCAACCAGAUGUGCACAAAGUCCAAGGAGGAGUGUGAGAAACAUUAUAUGAAACACUUUAUCAACAAUCCCUUGUUUGCAUCUACCUUACUGAACCUGAAGCAGGCGGAGGAGGCGCAGCACAGCGAAACAGCCAUUCCUUUCCACCCUGCUGAUGAUCCCCCACGGCCUACCUUUGAUUCCUUGCUCUCCAGGGAUAUGGCAGGGUACAUGCCAGCGAGAGCUGACUUUGUGGAGGAGUUUGACAACUAUGCUGAAUGGGAUUUGAGAGAUAUUGAUUUUGUAGAAGAUGAUUCAGACAUUUUGCAUGCUCUGAAGAUUGCAGUUGUAGAUAUCUAUCAUUCCAGGUUAAAGGAAAGACAGAGAAGAAAAAAAAUUAUAAGAGAUCAUGGCCUAAUCAACCUCAGAAAAUUUCAGAUUUUGGAAAGGCGAUAUCCAAAGGAGGUUCAAGACCUUUAUGAGACAAUGCGACGAUUUGCACGAAUUCUUGGACCGGUAGAGCAUGAUAAGUUCAUUGAAAGCCACGCCUGUAAGUAUUUUGAGGAUUUUAGUGCCAGGACGUACGACCACCUGAAGAAGACAAGAGAUGAGGAGCGCCUGAAGCGCACCAUGCUGUCUGAAGUCCUGCAGUACAUCCAGGACAGCAGCGCCUGCCAGCAGUGGCUCAGUCGACAGGCUGAUAUUGAUUCUGGCCUGAGUCCCACGGUACCAGUCCCUUCAAACUCAGGUAGACGGAGUGCCCCACCGCUGAACCUCACAGGUCUCCCAGGGACAGAGAAACUUAACGAGAAGGAGAAGGAGCUCUGUCAGAUGGUGCGGUUGGUCCCUGGAGCCUAUUUGGAGUAUAAAGCUGCUUUAGUGAACGAGUGUAACAAGCAAGGCGGCCUGAGACUAGCGCAGGCCAGAGCGCUCAUCAAGAUCGAUGUGAACAAAACCAGGAAAAUCUACGACUUCCUUAUCCGAGAAGGGUACAUCACCAAAGCCUGA